AUGGAUAAUGGUCAAAUUGAAGAAUAUACUUCAAAUUCAAACACCCCAGCAACACGUGAGUGGGAAAGACCCUCCCACUGUGACAGGGAUGGUUUAUCUGGCGUUUCUUGUAGGGUUUCAAGAUUUCUACCCGCAUUUGGAAAGAGCAACCAAGCAGCACUUCGCCUCAAGGCAUUUCCUUUUCAAGCACCUUUCGGCAAAUGUUAG